CAGGGGGGCGGCCCUUAGAGUGAGCGUGUGCGCGUGCGUGUACGCGUGCAUGCGUAUGUGUGUACAGUAGUAACCCGUGCACAGUGAGGUGGCAGCCUUAUUCCACAUUGACACCGACUUACUUACUGUGUCUCUGCAUGGCCGUUGUGCGCACUGGAGCAGUGAAAGAGAAAGAGUGAGGGACAAAGUCAGGAUGGAACCGGGGACGAGCUCUGGAGCGUCACUAUUCUAGUUCCUUCAUUCUGUUUUUAUCUCUGGCAAUCGGACGAUUUGUGCAAGGACUUUGUUGCUGUUGACAGUCACAGCUGUUUAUAGCAAUAACUCGGCUGGGACGUCGCUGCUGCUGUGGAAUAGCAACAAAGGAAGGCAGCGCGCAUUCAUGGGACGCGACUUUGACAGCUAUUCCUUUCUUGUCUGUUAACUUCAGUCGAUAAUCGAAGCAGCCUAAGCGUGCGUGACUGCAGCAGGGCACCAUGGCUCGGGCUGCGCUGGCCGACCCAGUGGCGGACUUGGACGUGGCCAUCGACCCGGACUUCGAGCCCCAGAAGCGGCCGAGGUCGUGCACCUGGCCGCUGCCGCGACCUGAGUCGAGCUCCGCGAAACCGGAGAGCAACGACACCGAUAUAAUCCCCGAGGAGGAGGACGAUGAAGAGGACGGUGCCACCACCCCUACGGUCGGCAUCGACGGCUCCGGUGUGGCGAUCGAGGACCAGAGCAGCAACAGCCCCGGCGCUGCGGACGGCUCGCUGUCCUCUCCCGGCCAGGAGAGCGGAGGCUCCCCGCGCUCCUCGCACUCUCCGCCGGCCACCAUAGGCGCACUGACUCCCAGCAGCCUGGCCGCUCAGCAGACCCCGAGGAAGGCGUCGUCCCGUCGGAACGCAUGGGGGAACCAGUCGUACGCAGACCUGAUUACCAAAGCCAUCGAGAGCUCACCAGAGCAGAGACUGACACUGUCCCAAAUUUACGACUGGAUGGUGCGAAACAUCCCGUACUUCAAAGACAAAGGCGACAGCAACAGCUCCGCAGGCUGGAAGAACUCCAUCCGACACAACCUUUCCCUCCACAGCCGCUUCAUUCGAGUCCAAAAUGAAGGAACAGGAAAGAGUUCCUGGUGGAUGAUCAAUCCAGAAGGAGGAAAAGGCGGCAAGGCUCCUCGUCGCCGUGCCGUUUCCAUGGACAACAGCAACAAGUACACCAAGCCCGCCGGUGGCCGUGCGGCAAAAAAGAAGGCGGCGCUGCAAGCCGCAGCCGCUGCAGCUGGGGAAGGUGGAGGAGACAGUCCCUCAGGUCUUUCUAAGUGGCCAGGCAGCCCAACGACCCGCAGCACCGAGGACCUGGAUGUUUGGACAGACUUCCGCUCUCGUGCCAAUUCCAAUGCCAGCACUAUAAGUGGUCUGGCAAACCCAGAGUUAGACGAGGUGCCCGACGAUGAGCCCCCCCUCUCGCCCAUGUUUUACUCCAGUCCUGGUAAAGCUUUGUCUCCUGGCAAAACCACAACCAGUGGCAAGGCUGCACCGGCCGAGCUGCCGCGCCUUGCGGACUUGACGGGUACGAUGAAUCUGAAUGAUGGACUCACAGAUGACCUAAUGGAUGAGUUGCUUGUCAACAUCAACCUGGUGCCAACCAGUUCCAGCCAGUCCUCUCCAAACGAUUCAUCAGGGUUCACUUUUGGAUCCAAACCCAACGGGCUUGUCUCAACUUCCGCCAUCUCUUCUUCAUCCUCUAAUUCUUGUCUCUCUUCUAAUGGCAAUGGCUUCAGUAACUCCAUUUUUGGGCCCCACACGACGGUUUCUCUUCAUCCAUCCCCAAUGCAGACCAUCCAGGAGAACAAGCAGACCUCCUUCUCCAGCAUCUUGUCUAGCUUUGGCAGCCAGACUCUGCAAGAUUUGCUGAACUCUGACAGUCACAGCCACAGUGACGUCAUGAUGACUCAGUCUGACCCGCUGAUGUCACAGGCCAGUGCCGCUGCGGUCAUGUCCCAGAAUUCCCGACGUGGCCUGAUGCUUCGGGAUGAUCCCGUGAUGACUUUUGGAACAACCAGAGGACUUCAGAGCAGCCAAAGGGAGAUGCUCCAGAGUAACAACCACAACCAGAACUCCCUGAGACCUUUGAAUGGAGGCCUCAAUCUGGCUAAUGAGGCCAACAAUCUGGCUAAUGUUAAGCAGCAGCUCUUGCUGUCACCCUUGGGAGGAAACGGCUCGUCCUCUAUGCAGAUUGACACCUCCAUCUUCCUCAAUGGAACUGUUAGCAACAAUGGAGGCAUCUGUCAGGACCGAUUCCCACAAGAUCUGGACUUGGACAUGUUCAGUGGUAGCCUGGAGUGUGACAUGGACUCCAUCAUCAGGACUGAGCUGAUGGACGCUGAUGGCCUGGACUUUAACUUUGACUCUAUGUCCAACAUGAAUGGAGUCAGCAACUUCACUAGCACCAAUCAGACCUCUCAGAGCUGGGUACCCGGCUGAAGGGCUCAGGCCAGGGAUGAGCAAAGCCUGAGUCUGUGAUGCAGGAGAUGAUGAGACAGACGACACCCUCUUUUGCCAAACCUGCCGUCAGCACAACAGAAAACACAAAUGUUUACAGACGAAGACUUCCUCUGGAGAACUUUACCUUCGCUCCCACACUGGUGAACCAUGACGUACUCUACAGACUUCUGAGAUGCUGCACAAACCCUCACAAAACAUGCUACGGCAAACAAUCACAACAGACUUUCAGAUCCAACCUUAUGCAAUGUUCCUUUGACACAGACUCAGUCAGAAGAUGUUUCAGCUAAAAACACAAGCACUAAAUAUCAUGCACGGAGUCAGUUGUUCCCAGAAAAGACAAACAUGUAAAGUGAAAAAAAAAAGAAUCAAAAUGUAAUGUGGUAUAAAUCUGAUCCAGUGAUUUCCUUGGAUGUUUAAAAAAAAAUCUGUCUUGUCACUUAGUGAUUUUUAAAUGUUCAGUGUUUGAUUUUUUUUAAUUCUGUUUUACUAUUAAUUGUUUUUGUCUGUACAAAGAAAGUGUAGUGAAAAGAUGACAUAAAUAAUGGAAAUGGAGUGCGUUAUUCACUGAGCAGCCACACUUCAUGUACAAACUGACUAUAAAUACACUCUGCUCACAGUUUGCAGGAAUACGAAGCAUUAAUAGAUGAAAUUUACUGAGUGAAACGUGUAAAAUGAAUCAUACACAACCCAUUUGGUUCAUAUAAAUGGCUUGAAUUUAGCUUUACUAAAGCAGACGGGGGAGGAGGGCGGUCACAUUACCAUUAGCCUGUUAUUGUGUAUAUCUAACUGUAAAAAUAUAAAAUAAGACUAUA